AUGUAUUUGAUAGGUUUGACGAAGAAUCCGCGUAUCACUGCCGAUGAACUAGCUGAAAAAAGCGGUUACGAUGUCUAUAUACCAGAUUUAUUCAAUGGAGAUCCAAUAGCUUCUUCAUUUCUUGAAAAUGUGCCUCAAAAUCCUGGAGAAAAAAUGUGCAUCGGCGCUAAAAUUCGUUUGGCUGGAAAAUUUGUAACAUCAUUUGCUCCAUGGCUUUUUCGUCAUCGUCAAGCUGUUACUCUUCCAAUCGCCGAAAAAAUUUUCAAAGCUCUUCGCUCAGAAAAAGGAGUGACGAGAAUUCAAGCGGUAGGUUAUUGUUUUGGUGGUCUUUAUGCGCUGUUGGUAGGCAACGAUGAACUUCAUCUUGCAGAUGUCAUAGUUGGUUGUCAUGUUUCACUGGUCAAUAAGACCCAUUUUCAACAACUACAAGUAACUGCGGCGUUUGUGUGUGCACAAGAAGACAAUCAGUUUACGGAUGCUCUUCGGUCAGAAGCGGAAAAAAUUCUAGCUCACAAGUCAGAUAUACCGAGUAAAUUUCUGUUGACCGAAGGAACAGUUCAUGAAUUUGCUGCCAGACCAGAUCCUAACAAUCCAGUCAUUAUGAAAGCAUUCACUCAAGCUAAUGACUUCAUCGUCGCAUAG